GCCCCGGCCAACUCCUCGCAACGUGCAUUGCGUGCAUGCUCAUACAAACCAAACCGAAGUACCUACACAACUUACCUGCGGGCUACUUUACGACACCUUCAGCACAACUGAAUUAUCUUUUCUCAGCAUACCUAUAUACCCGUGUUGGAAGCAUUGGAUUUGAAUCUACGAGCAACAAGAUAUAUUUUCUCAAAUAUAGCAUCCGCGGUAAUUCCCAAUCACUCAAGAUCAACGCUUGUUUCCUGCGAGUCCUGUCCUAGUCACAGUCAUUACUUACCACCUACCGCCGUACCCAUUCCCUGGCUCUCGUUUACUUUCGAAUUGCUCACUCGCAACUGUCACAUCACCAACUACUUUCGCCUCCUUACGGGAGCAAAUAGUUCGACCUGCCAAUAACGAACGGCGCCAAAAGAGUAACUCCUAGCCAGCGUCUCUUCAUCCCCACCAUACCAGUCCAAGCGGCCGCAGAUCACAGCUUAAAAUCUCACAGCCGUCCGACACAGAGUCAAUCACCAUGGAUGUACAGGAGCCUCUAACCGUGAUCGAUGCUGAAGACACUCAGCGAAUCGAGUCGAGCAGCGGCCCUGGCCAUGUUAGCAACGUCGAAAGCACUGCAAAGUUGUCUCUCGUCGGAGACCAAGUUGCCCUCAGCAGAGAAAGGGUGCAGAACUGGCAAUUGGCCACGAGGGUCUGGAAUCCCCUGCAGCUCGGAACGGGUGAACAGAGGGAGCAGGGACUUCAGGCUUUUCUUCAGACUUUCGAUCAUAUCAUGGCUGGGACGGAGCGGCAGGAAUCGGCGCAGGACGGUGACGGCGUUGGGCCUGGCGACCAUAUUGCAGAGAACACCCAGACCAGCGCACCUUAAUACGUCAGGCCGACAUCGCUCUUCAAGCAUUUGGUGGGGCAUGUAGCAAGCUGUUGGCACUUGUGGCUUGUGUGUGGCUUAUUGCUGUGUUCAGUGGCUCGCACGUCAAUCACGUGUUGUGGCCCUGGGGUCUUGGCUCGUGGUCAUAAUCGUGGCACUUAGGGAAGGAAACACGCUCGCGACGGUCGAUGAGGAGUUUUCGUCUGUUGAAUCUUAUUUAAUUUGCUUUCCUUGACUGUCCGCUGCUGUACAGAUCGCCAGGUGACGUUUAAUAAGACGUUCGCGAGUGUUGAUGAGUUGAUGAAUCCGAGGAAGCCCAAUGGCAAGGCUGAGCUAGCGUUUAUCAGUUGUCAGUUGCAGGAACAAACGCGCGACUUUUUGGUGUUCAUAAAAUAAAGUUUUGCCGUUCUGUUGACACCAAGAGCUCGUUCUUCUUUGAUAGAUGCGAGGGGCUCAUUAUUGAUGUCAACAUUGAUGAACGAUGACACAGUUUACUCUCGAGUA